UUGAGUAGGUAUUUAGAAUUAUUUCGAAGUCGAGAUUACUUUUUAAUUCGCUUUUUUGGAUUCAGAUUAACUUCUGUUUAUCGUAACAUCAUCCUCUUACUAGUUUCGAGCUAAUUAUAGAAAGGUUAUAAUUCAAAUUUCGUAUCUGCCCAGAAAUUUUAGAUAAAGGUGCAGAUAGCUGCGGAAGCCCUAAAAUGCAUCAAUGUUUAAAAUCCUGCGCAGCAUCAUGGACGACUCCAGCAAAUUCCAACAAAUGCAAGAUGAAAUGUCGAGAUUCGAGGCUGAGAUAUCUGGCACUGAGAUGGUGUCUUUACGUCCCGUGAUCGGUGCAGCAACUUUCGGCGCUGUGCAGCAACAGUUAGAGCGUUCGCUACCACCGCACCCCCCACCAAACUCACUCUUACAACCAUUUGACGUCAUGGGAACAAGAUUGAUGUACCCUACUGUACCACCACCACCCCCACCACCAUCGAUGAACCCCAUCAUGGUGCCUGCCUCAGUGCAACGUCAUCGUCCAUCAGGAAUACAAGAAGGGUUUCCAAGCAACUUAUACCUCAGACCAGGCGUGCCAGGCCCGCAGCUCGCACCACUUUCACCGCCCCGGCCGCAACCCAUAGUUCUGUCGGCAGCCCCUCAACUAUACAAGCAACCCAAAGAGGAUGAAUCCAAGAAAGAUAAAAGUGAAAGCAAGAAAAGGAAACGCGAACGGGCUCCCUCCCCUCCGAAAAUAGAACCGGAAGUGGUGGAGCUGACUCUGCCCACGCCGUUGCCGCCCCCGCCCACCCCCGUCGCUGAGACCACUGUGCCCAAGGCUAAGAAGGAGAAGAAGCAUAGAAAGGUGGUACGGACGGCAGGUGGUCAGGUUUGGGAAGACGUCACACUGCUUGACUGGCCCGACGAUGACUUCAGAAUGUUUUGCGGGGACCUGGGCAAUGACGUCACUGAUGAACUACUUACGCGAACCUUCGGCAAGUACACAUCGUUUCAAAGGGCCAAAGUGAUCAGGGACAAACGAACAAACAAAAGCAAGGGCUUCGGUUUCGUGAGCUUCAAAGAUCCCGGGGAUUUCAUCAAGGCCAUGAAAGAAAUGGAUGGUCGCUACGUCGGCAGUCGACCAAUCAAGUUACGCAAAAGCUCGUGGAAGAAUCGUUCCUUGGACAUCGUGCGGAAGAAAGAGAAGGAGAAAGCCGCACUGCUCUCUCUUCUAAUGGCGGGCAAUAUGAACUGACAGAAUUGUUAACUAUCGAUUGUAAAACUUGUAUACUUUUAUUUUUCCUCACUUGUCUUAUUAUGUGAACACACUUUUCUUUACUUUUUCAUUGAGUGAAGUCUUUAUUGCACACACGAAAUAUAAGACACAUAAAAAUAAACUGUUAUUGAGGCUUGCAAAUACGGUCUCAUCUCUAAAGGGAUAUCUUAAAGACAACUAAUGAGAUGUCACUAGAACAAAAUGAGUUGGUGCGGCAACAAAGCCGACCCUAAGA